AUGGCGCCCACGACUGAAUCCCUGGCGGAACCAGAUAAAAACAUCGCGACGUCGCUCGAGAAAGACGUCGACGUCGAGGCUGGCCGCAGCGACAGUCAAUCCCGCGCUCGGGAUACGCCUGAAAAUGAUGGCACAAUGCGGCAUGUUGCCACUGCUCAGAAGCCAGCAAAAUCGGCCGCGGAGGAGGAUGAUGAAGGCAAGGUGUACCCUCCGGCCUCGAGCGUGAUGGUGGUCAUGGAUCGCACAAUCAUCGCCACCGCUGUUCCGCAGAUCACAGACGCCUUCCAUUCCAUCGACGACAUCGGUUGGUACGCCAGUGCCUACAUGAUCACGGGCUGUGCCUUCCAGCUCUUCUUCGGCAAGCUCUACACAUUCUAUUCGCCCAAAUGGGUCUUCCUUGCGAGCGUCGGCCUCUUUGAAGUCGGCUCGCUCCUCUGCGGCGUAGCUCCCAACUCAGCUUCCUUCAUCGUCGGCCGGGCCAUAGCUGGUCUAGGCUCGGCCGGAAUCUUCUCGGGGAGCAUCGUCCUGACAGUCCAUAUAAUCCCGCUUCGCCGACGGCCCAUUUAUCAGAGCUUUAUGGGCGCCGUCUUUCUCAUCUCAUCGGUGGUCGGACCCGUCAUCGGCGGUGCGUUCACCACACAUCUUACCUGGAGGUGGUGCUUUUACAUCAACCUCCCCGUGGGCGGCGCCACCAUCUUCCUUCUGAUUUUCCUCCUCCCUGCAACCGACCCCAAUCGGACCGAGGACGAGAUCAUCUCACGCAAGCUGUCUGUCCGCCAGAAAAGCGUUCAACUCGAUCCCAUCGGCACCCUUUGCUUCCUUCCCGGCAUUGUCUGCCUCCUGCUGGCUUUGCAAUGGGGCGGUGCGACCUACUCCUGGAGCGAUGGACGCAUCAUUGCUCUGCUGGUCCUCUUUGGUGUUCUCAUUCUUGCCUUUAUUGCCGUGCAGAUUUGGCAGCAGGAGAACGCGACACUCCCGCCCCGAAUACUUGCCUACAGAAGCGUCACUGCUAGCACGUGGUUUGCCUUCUGUAUCAGCGCCUCACUCAUGACGGUCGUCUACUUCCUUCCGCUAUGGUUUCAGGCCAUUCAGGGUGUAGAUGCCGUACAGUCUGGUGUCCGUACUCUCCCGGUCAUUAUCGCCCUCGUCGUGUCCAGCAUUAUCGCCGGCGGAAGUGUCAGCGCAAUAGGAUAUUACACGCCUUUUCUCAUACUCUGUGCCGUCAUCAUGAGCGUGGGGGCGGGCUUGAUGACAACCUUCCAGGUGGAUACCCGGCAGCCCAUCUGGAUUGGCUACCAGGUCAUCUUCGGUUUCGGAAUUGGGCUGGGUCAACAACAGGCUGGCUUGGCUGCUCAGACAGUGUUACCUACCAAGGACGUGCCAAUCGGUGUGUCAUUCAAGUUCUUCGGCCAACAACUAGGCGGGGCCAUAUUUGUCUCGGUGGCACAGAGCGUUUUGAACCAACGUCUGGUCGCUGGCCUGUCAGCACUGAACAUCCCAAACUUGGAUCCAUCUGCCAUUGCUAGUCUAGGAGCGACUGAACUACGGCAACGAGUGCCAGCUGAGCUUCUCGACAAGGUUUUGAUAGCCUAUAAUCAUGCCAUUGAUGGUACUUUCGAGGUGGCCCUAAUCCUGGCUGCGCUAUCGCUCAUCGGGGCCCUUCUUACCGAAUGGAAGAGCGUCAAGGGAAUGGAUAUCAAAGGAGCCUAA